GGCCCUUCCCAGCUUUCCCUCCCCACCGCGUUCGGUGGUGGUGACCCAUUGGAGUUCCGGUUCCGGUUGCUGUGGCUGCGGGCGGGCGGUGAGUCUGGAGCAGGCGCGCAGUUGGUGCAACGGCUCUGUGCUUUCCCCCUCGGCGUGGCUAGGGCUUGCUGCUGCUCGGGGGGGCUGCGCUGCCCCUGACUCCCCUCCAGGCGAUGGUGCGGCCCGAGGACGCCUCCAUCCCCCGCCGACGCUGACUCGGGUCCCCAAUCCAUGGCCGCCUCGGCGCCGCCCCCACCGGACAAGCUGGAGGGAGGCAGCGGCCCCGCACCGCCCCCCGCGCCGCCCAGCACCGGGAGGAAGCAGGGCAAGGCCGGUCUGCAAAUGAAGAGCCCUGAAAAGAAGCGAAGAAAGUCCAAUACUCAGGGUCCUGCAUACUCACAUCUGACGGAGUUCGCCCCACCCCCGACCCCCAUGGUGGAUCAUCUGGUCGCUUCUAACCCUUUUGAGGAUGAUUUCGGAGCCCCUAAAGUGGGGGGCGCAGGCCCUCCGUUCCUCGGCAGUCCGGUGCCCUUUGGAGGUUUUCGUGUCCAGGGGGGCAUGGCAGGCCAGGUUCCCCCAGGCUACGGCACUGGAGGAGGAGGGGGUCCCCAGCCACUUCGUCGGCAGCCCCCUCCUUUUCCUCCCAACCCUAUGGGUCCAGCUUUUAAUAUGCCCCCUCAGGGCCCUGGCUACCCGCCCCCGGGCAACAUGAACUUUCCCAGUCAACCCUUCAACCAGUCUCUGGGCCAAAACUUUAGCCCACCUGGUGGGCAGGUGAUGCCAGGCCCAGUGGGCGGAUUUGGUCCCAUGAUCUCACCCACCCUGGGACAGCCUCCUAGAGGGGAGCUGGGUCCUCCUCCUCUCCCACAACGCUUUACCCAGCCAGGAGCACCUUUUGGUCCUUCUCUUCAGAGACCUGGUCAGGGACUCCCCAGCCUGCCCCCCAACACAAGUCCCUUCCCUGGUCCAGACCCUGGUUUUCCUGGCCCCGGCGGUGAGGAUGGUGGGAAGCCCUUGAACCCACCUGCCCCCACCGCCUUUCCCCAGGAGCCCCACUCGGGCUCCCCUGCUGCUGCUGUCAAUGGGAAUCAGCCCAGUUUCCCGCCUAGCAGCAGCGGUCGAGGUGGGGGCACUCCAGAUGCCAACAGUCUGGCACCCCCCGGCAAGGCAGGGGGAGGCUCAGGGCCGCAGCCUCCCCCGGGCCUGGUGUACCCCUGCGGUGCCUGCCGGAGCGAGGUGAACGAUGACCAGGAUGCCAUUCUGUGUGAGGCCUCCUGCCAGAAGUGGUUUCACCGCGAGUGCACUGGCAUGACCGAGAGUGCCUACGGCCUGCUGACCACCGAGGCCUCUGCCGUCUGGGCCUGUGAUCUCUGCCUCAAGACCAAGGAGAUCCAGUCUGUCUACAUCCGAGAGGGCAUGGGCCAGUUGGUGGCUGCUAACGAUGGGUGACUCUAGUGCCAUGGCCUGGGAAGUGCACCUUUGCCACCGUGCUCCUGCAGAGUGGCUCUCUCUUUCCUUGUCUUCCACCACCAGUGUCCCAUCUCCAUGGAGCAGAAACAUGUUUCCUGGAAGCAGAAAAGGAACAGAGGCGGGCAGGCACAAAAGCCUGGGUUGCUCGUCUUUUGUUGUUAUUAUUGUUGUUGUUGUUGUUGUUUUUCCUGGGAACUUGUGCACUGAGUACCUUCAGAGAGAGACCCAGGAAACCAAAGCCUGGUCAAGCAGAGCCAUUCCUAGAGUCUAACCGGAGGCUGUAAGAGAAAAGGGGCUGGAGGAAAGUUUCAGAGAGCAAGGAUGUCCUAUGCGCAGAUGAUCCCAACACCCGUGCCUGCAAUACCUGUGUAGCCCUACCGUUGCUGCUGUAGCUCUUGGAGUCGAAUGUUCAAGGUUUCUUGGCUCCCUGAGGUACAGCCUCUUUCCUUGGGAAACAAAAGGGGAAUUUCUUUCUUUUUCUCUGUGUCCCUUUGCUUCCCCUGGACCUACCUGACUUACUCCAUUCCCCUCGGAGCACCAAAUACCUUGAGGAAACGGGAGAGUUCCUGACUAGGGCAGUUGUCUGUCUGGGGCUUCAAGACUGUAGGUAAGAGAUGCUGAGGAUAUCUUCCUCAUACCAAAGCCACUGUCCCCUCUCAGCCUCUCUGUGGUGGUUUCUCUCAGUGACCCAUGUUUUGCCAAAAAUUGGGAUAUGUGGUCUGAGCGACCAGAGUGUUUAAAGUAGGGACUCCCCUGGAAGUCUGGACUGCAGGUGUAACCCCCUUCUCACACACACACACACACACACACACACACACACACACACACACACACACACAGCCUAUCUGGUGCACAGUGGGACAGUGCUGUUCUUCAGCUCUCGCUGCCCUCAUAUCCUCUGUCUCCGGGAAACGUUUGGGAAGGCACGAAGCCCUUAUACCUCACUCCUUCCCUGAUGAAAGGAUCCAAGGGAGGCCUUGCCGUGGCUUUGGGGACAUGAGGCUGAGCAGCAGGACCCUCAAAGCCAAGAUACCACAAGCUAGAAGAACCUGAAGGUGGUCUGCUUAGCCUUUUUUUAAUCCUGCGAUGCCAUCAUGGGCCUGGCGAUCCAGCAAGUAGGCUGGGUUUAUUUUUGGUUUUGUAGCACUCCCUGCCAGUGAUGGGAUCAAGGCCUGAUCAGGAGCCCCUCUCAGCUGCUCUUCUUUCCAGCUAACCCAAAAGUCCAUUCCUCAAAUGGGUAGGGAAGGCAGGCUUGGCUGUGGCCCUCCUGAGAGUCGGAGGUUCCCAGCUUGACCGUGAAGACUGCCCUCUGGGAUGUCCCGUCUCAGCCUUCAUGCUCCCUGCAUGGGGAGAGAGAAGACUCUCAGAGUCGGCAGCCUUGGAAGCUGAGGAGGGCGAGGGUGGACCUGCUUCUUACUCUGCCCCCCAACUCCUAAACUACACGAGGCAGCCCCUCUACUUAGCUUUGUGUUGUGCUGUGGGUUUGUUCUCCUGUUACCUGCCGCUACUUUUGUGUUGUCUCCAGGGUUUGUAAAAUGCUCCCUGGGAGGUCCCAUCCCCUUGUUCCUCCCUGCUACCUUUUGGAAGAAAGGGUUGGCAGGGAUGUGGUUACAGGAUCUUUUUGUAUGGUUGGAUUAAUAAAAUGACUUGAAAA